AUGGUUCCCUCCAUAGCCAGGCUUCGCCGGAGCAGCAGCCAAGCCCUCGAGAGAGGUUUUUCUCGUUGUAUGACCAUGAGAUCUGUUGAUAAACCAUUAAUAGUCAUUGAACCUGAGAUUGAGCAAUUGUCCAGAUGCGUGCCAGAGACUAAUGGACAAGCUCAGGUCUUUAACCAUGAGAUCAAGCAAAUACUUGAGAAGGUGGUCAACCCAAUAAGAAAAUAUUGGUCACCAAAGUUCGAUGAGGCACUGUGGGCUUAUCGUACAACAUUUAAAAUGCCACUAGGGAUGUCUCCAUUCAAGUUAGUUUAUGGAAAAUCAUGUCAUUUGCCCGUGGAACUAGAACACAAGGCAUUUUGGGACAUCAAGAAACUCAAUAUGGAUGCACAGCUUGCUGGAGAAAGGAGGUUGUUGGAGCUAAAUGAGAUGGAAGAAUUUAGAGCUCAAGCAUAUGAAAACACCCAUCUCUACAAAGAAAAGAAGAAAAAAGUGGCACGACAGAAAAAUUUUGCCAUGGUAAUUUUUUCCAGGCCAAUAAGUACUACUCUACAACUCAAGGCUCAAGUUGUUUCUAGGCAAGCUGAAAUCCAGGUGAAUGGUCAAAGAUUGAAGGCGUACAACAGAGCACCAAUCCUGCGUGACAAAUCGGAGUUGCUACUCCAUGAUUCCCAAGAGUUUGCUUCUCUUCCCUGA